UUGGCGCAGCAUUUUUCAGACGCAGCUACCGUAGUGACCGACUGAGCGGAAGUGGUUCUAUGCUGUGAGGAACGAAAAACAAACGACGACGGCGAACCAAGGUCUACGCUUUACUCAGUGCCCUUUGCUUCUCGAUUGUCGCUGGUCCUUACGGUGGACGUCUUCCUUGUUAUUGUUGAGGUGGAAGCACAACAAUGGCGUCGAGCAGUUCUAGCAGCGAGGAGGAGCGGAGUCUGCGAGAGUGUGAGGUGUAUGUGCAGAAGCACGGCAUCCACCAGCUGCUCAAGGACUGCAUCGUCCAGCUCUGCACGGCCCGCCCCGAGAGACCCAUGGCCUUCCUGAGGGAGUACUUUGACAAACUGGAGAGGGAAGAGGCCCAGCAGAUGGCGUCGCAGCAGAAGUCUGGUGUGAGAAGAGACUCGCGUGACGAUGAGGUGUCUCCACUCAUGAACCCAGUGGUGAGAGGACGGAAUCGAAGAGGCGCCAUCAGUGCUGAGGUGUACACGGAGGAAGAUGCGGCUUCCUACGUCAGAAAGGUCAUCCCUAAAGACUACAAAACUAUGGCGGCACUGGCUAAAGCCAUGGAGAAGAACGUUCUGUUCGCCCACCUGGAUGACAAUGAGAGGAGCGACAUUUUUGAUGCAAUGUUCUCAGUCAACUACAUCGCUGGAGAGACCGUCAUCGUACAAGGUGAUGAAGGAGACAACUUCUAUGUCAUCGAUCAAGGCGAGAUGGAUGUGUAUGUCAACAACGAGCUGGUGACCAGCAUCGGAGAGGGCGGCAGUUUUGGGGAGCUGGCUCUGAUCUAUGGGACCCCGCGCGCCGCCACAGUCCGAGCCAAGUCCGACGUUAAGCUGUGGGGCAUCGACAGGGACAGCUACAGGAGGAUCCUGAUGGGCAGCACUCUGAGGAAGAGGAAGAUGUACGAAGAGUUCCUGAGCAAAGUCUCCAUUCUAGAGUCUCUGGACAAGUGGGAGCGGCUGACUGUGGCUGACGCUCUGGAGACGGUGCCUUUUGAGGACGGCCAGAAGAUCGUGGUGCAAGGAGAGCCUGGGGACGAGUUCUUCAUCAUCCUGGAGGGAACUGCGGCGGUGCUGCAGAGACGCUCAGAGCAGGAGGAGUUUGUGGAGGUGGGCAGACUCGGGCCCUCAGAUUACUUUGGUGAGAUCGCCCUGCUGAUGAACCGUCCUCGCGCCGCCACCGUCCUCGCCUCUGGACCUCUCAAGUGUGUGAAACUGGACCGGCCUCGGUUCGAGAGAGUCCUGGGUCCCUGCUCGGACAUCCUGAAGAGAAACAUCGAGCAGUACAACAGCUUUGUGUCUCUGUCGGUCUGAGCUCCGGAUCAGGGCUGCUCUGCUGCAUCAGACGCUCCCUGUCUGCAACUGUUACGGUGUGUGUCGGCGUGUGCGUGUGCGUGGGCGGGGAGGGGGGAGCUGGGCUCGAACUGCGGGACAAGGCGUGAGUGUCAGACUUCCGGGCACCAGCAAAUCUGAAACCUUUUUUUUAAAGACUGUGGAGACUGUCAUUAUCUGGUCUCAAGUUUCCCUCUGUGUGUCACUGAAACCACACCGUGUUACCGAGUCUUAAUCACACCCACAUGAUAUUAUGAAGCAUAUAUGAAGCUAUUUGUAUGUAAAAGGUUUGAGUGGUAGCGCUGUGGUGCCACCUGCCUCCACAUCUUUCCGGUUCUUACCUCCUGCACAUUAUUUUUCAAUAAAAGUGACUUUAAAGUGUUGUAAACUCAGCGAGCGUCGUU